GAGGACAGACAGGCAGAGAGAGAGAGAGAGAGAGGGUGGAGGACAGACAGGCCAGCAAAAGAUUUCUUACACCGUUUUGUUGACGAGGCGACCAGCAAAACAUCAGUGCAUAGUUCACCAUGGCCCAGAACCAGGUGAUCCUGCAGUUCCACUUUGCCACAUAUGGUGACUCCAUGCUGCAGAAAAUGAACCUCCUUCGGCACCAGCGACGCUUCUGUGACGUCACUGUACGUAUCAACCAGCUUAAAGUCCCCGGUCACAAGGUUGUGUUUGCUGCUGGCUCAUCUUUCCUACGAGACCAGUUCAUCCUUCAGCAGGACUCCAAUGAAGUGCAGAUCUCCAUAAACCAGGAGGCAAAGGUUGGCCAGCAGCUGCUACUGUCCUGCUACACGGGCCAACUAGAGUUUCCUGAAUUGGAGCUGGUCAACUACCUGACGGUGGCCAGCUUCCUCCAAAUGGGCCACAUUGUGGAGCAGUGUACUCAAGCUUUGAACAAGUUCAUCAAGCCACAACCUCCACACAAGAUGGAGGUCGACACCGAGCUGAAAAGAGUGGUCAAAGAGGACGGAUCGUGCUCCCACGCUUUGAGAGAACAGGAGCACUUGCGGGAAGUGGAGAGGGUGGAGCAUGAGGACGACGUUAGUACUGAUGACGACGACGAUGUCAUUAUACAGCCUAAGUCUCCUCCUCACACGUACAAUAUACAUCCUGUGCAAGAAGUGGAGGAGAGUGACAUCAGCAUAGUGAAGGUGGAGUCUGUGGAGUCUACCUUCCCGACAAGUGCUCCAGCUGCCCUGCACUCGCCCGAGCCCCAACACUCGCUCAUCAAUUCGACCGUUGACAGUCGUGGGAGUGAAAUGACGGCGCCCCCAAGCAUGCCGGGCUACCCCUUCCGUCCUGCUUCUCCGUUCAACCCUGCCGAAAAACAGAAGAGCUACGACAAACCCCUCCAGUGGUACCACCAGUGUCCCAAGUGUAGCCGCGUCUUCCGCCAGCUGGAGAAGUACGCCAACCACCUUAAGAUGCACAAGCUCUUCAUGUGCUUGUUGUGCGGAAAGACCUUCACGCAGAAGGGUAACCUGCACCGGCACAUGCGGGUCCACGCGGGCAUCAAACCCUUCCAGUGUAAGAUCUGCGGGAAGACCUUCACCCAGAAGUGUUCUCUGCUGGAUCACCUGAACUUGCACAGCGGGGACAAGCCUCACCGCUGUAACUACUGCGACAUGAUGUUCGCUCACAAGCCCGUUCUCCGCAAGCACCUCAAGCAAAUCCACGGCAAGAACAGCUUUGACAACGCAAACGAAGGCAACUCGCACGACUGUGGGCCUGAAGAGAAUGACACCAGUGGGCCGUUUAUCAGUCAGUCUAACAAUUAUGAGACAGACUUAAGAUACGAUUUGAGACAUUGUCUGGAUGAGACUGUAUAAAAAAAAGAGAAACAAAGUGUCACAAUGAUGAGCAGAGACCACCACCUUAGAAUACACUAUUUUAAAAGACGGUGGUCUGUUAAUGGAGAAGAAUGUUCAGUUAGUGAGGUAGAUCUAUUUCUACUCUUAAGCAUUGACCGUGAUCUUGGCAUACCUUGUCACCACUCCAGUUUUUUCCAAACGUAACUGAUAAAUUUCCCAGCACCCUUGCGUCUUAACAGUUUCCUGUAUUUUAACUUUGCUGGAGCAGCACAACGAGGGCAUUAGAGACAACACAAAAAUAAAUCCUUCAAAACAAAAGCAAACCAAUAAAAUAACGUACUUGCACCACAGUAAGCAGUAAGUAGAUCAGCAUGUCCCUUAUUUUGCAGAAAUGUUCCCUUAUUUUCACAUGCUGAUGUUGUCAAGAAUGAAUUUUGCACAGAUAUUUUACUAUUGGAGACAAACGCGUUUCAACUUUUUGUGAUUACUGUAGGUGCAGGAAUACCACUUGAACAAAAACUUUAGAUUUAACACUGAAGGCCUGAUCUACUAAGAUUCCAAAGACCACGCACUAAACAGCGUGUGCUAACUAUAAAAUUGUGUGCACCAGAGUUGUAAUGAUAACUGCGUUCAAACUUCUGGUGGUUAAUAUUACCAUUUCAACAUAAAAUUAUCGGAAAAACUGUAAUUGAUGACUGCACUUUAAAAUAUUACGGACUGACUGGCGCCAGCUUGCCAUCUUAAAUGCUGAGACUUUAUUGUAUUUCACCAUUAAGAAACGAUAUACCCCAAUCUUGGCCCUGCGAUGAGUUGGCGACUUGUCCAGGGUGUACCCCGCCUUCCACCUGAUUGUAGCUGAGAUAGGCUCCAGCGACCCCGAAGGGACUAAGCGGUAGAAAAUGGAUGGAUGGAUGGAUACCCCAAUCUAAACUUGUAUAAAAACAUUGCUGACUGAGCAACUAAGCUAUUCAAUUGUGCACAUUGAACCUACAGGCUGUGCUCUGGUAGAGGGAUCGUUCUAUACUCCGAGGAUUACGAGACAAAGUGUGUUUACAGUGCGUUCAAAGACCACUGAACAGAGUAGGACACCACAACACCCACCAGAAAUAUUAAAUAAUUAUAGCAACGGAUUGUAUUUGUUACGCACUUUUCAUUUAAAUAAAUCUUAAAGUGCUACAGUACAGGUAAAACAAUAAAAGCUUAGCCAUUUAAACAUAAAAUACUAAGAUUAAAACAUAUGUGUAUAAGUACUUUUUGAGCUCAUUCAGCAAUACCCAAUAAUAAUGAUAACUGUGAUCAUUUUGGUCACGAUAACCGUGAUAAUAGAUUUUAAUAUCAUUACAUCCUUAGUUUGUACUAUAAUUGGGCGUGUUACGUGUGAUCUACUAAGACUGGGUGCACAAUUGAUAAGUGUCAAGUUCAAACACUGAUGACAUCUAUUAAACGAGACAAGAAGCAAAGAAAUAAACAGAGACAGAAUUCAAUUUGGCUCAAUUGAGGAGAAACGUGUCGACCUGGAACCUCUUACAGGGUCACCCACGCUCUGGCGAAAGAUUGUACGCCACCUCUUUUUAUUUGGAUUUUCCCUGUUUACAUAACAACAGCUGUUUCUAAAGGAAUGGGGAGUAUGUAAACGGUCGUUGUUUUCGGUCACAUUCACACAAAAGAAAAAGAUGCCUCGGGCUUGGGCUGGUCCUGGCUUCAGCCUGGGCAGGUCUUCGAUGACAAUAGAUAAACCCCUCCUGUCUCCUCCCAUCGUACACAGUGGAAUUUUCCAAGCCUUUGCUUGGUGCAACAAAGACAGCCUGUUGUCUGUUCAUUGGGAACUCAGAACGGAAAGUUUUUUGAUAAUUUAUGUACAAUUUUUCUGACAAUAAGUGCAAAAAUGGUGCAGAAAGCCUUAUUUAAAUGAGGAUUUUGUGUGUACUGUUUGGCAUUCACCAUGUUGACACUCGUUUACUGCACAUUCAUAUGAUCAUUCUCCUACUGUUUUUAAAACACGCAGUAGAAAAAUGUAAUAUGUGCCACUUUUUCUGGGCAUUUUAAAAGCAGUCCCAUAGCGCAACUACAACAGGACCCAUUUUUUUAGUCUGCUGAAGGUGCACCUUGGGAGAUGCUGGCACUAAACUGCGAGUGUGGAAUGUUUCAGAUGCAAGAAAAUGCAAAUUGCAGGAAGGUUGUUUUUUCUUUCAUAUGUAUGAAAAAGCGCAUGAAUUGGAUGUUUUAAUCAGCCCCUUAUGUCACCCAGCAGCUAUAAAAUUAUGAAAUGAUAUUGCUGAAUAGACAAUAUGUCUAAUAUUUUUAUUUUUGACAGGCCAUAUAUGUUGACAAGCAUAUGUGUGACAGAGCUGCUGUGUGUUCGCCUCCUUUCUCACAGCUGUUUCUGCGCAGCUGCCAGUUUGCUCGCACAUUUCAGACGUUUUGAUUGAUUGAUUGAGACUUUUAUUAGUAGAUUGCACAGUACAGUACAUAUUCCGUACAAUUGACCACUAAAUGGUUACACCCGAGUACGUUUUUCAACUUGUUUAAGUCGGGGUCCACGUUAAUCAAUUCAUGGUAUAAAUAUAUACUAUCAGCAUAAUACAGUCAUCACACUAGUUAAUCAUCAGAGUAUAUACAUUGAAUUAUUUACAAUCCGGGGGUUGGGGUGGGGGGUUAGGUUUGGUUGAUAUCAGCACUUCAGUCAUCAUCAAUUAUAUCAUCUGAGAAAUGGUAUAAUUGUGCUGAAUAAAGACGUAAAAAAAGCUCCCGCAGAACAGUUUAGGUCUUGAUAAAUCACAUUUAAAUAAUUACAUUUGCGUUUUCUCCUCCUGUAUUGUGGCCGUUCUGAUAACAAGCAUGUAUUCUGCAUAUUCAUGAAGACAGACAACAAUUGCGCGUCUUAUUUUGCUCACUUAAGAGCCUCUUCGCACAAGCUUGUCGGUCAGCUUUGCGUGCACUAUCAAGUUUGCACGUGCUGGAAUACACGCAAACCGUUAGUAGAUCAGGCCCUAAAUAUUCAUCUCUUGUCAAUUAAACAAAUGUUAUUGCACAGAAGAAGAUACGGUACACAUAAUUAGGCUGUUAUUGCACAGUUGUACUCUUCUCAAUGUGCAGGCUAUUAUUACUCACUUGGUCUACCUAUUUUGUGCUUUCCAAAGUUGAGAAUGAUUUGUAUGAAUACAUAUUUGACGUUUGGUUUACUUCCUCCUUAUGACUCUAUUUUAGGUUACUAAGGUGAUGUGGCAAAUUAAGGAAAUUAACAAAUUUUAGGUGGCACGCUGUUUUUUAUGUAGAACUGAACUGGCUACAAAGUAAACAAAAACAGAAUGCUGGACGACAGCAAAGACUUACAGCGUGUGGAGCAGAGACGGCGUCCACAAAGUACAUCCGUUCAAUGUACACACAAAAAAAGAUAGCAACAACUGAUCCUGAUUGCUAAAACAAAGCAGGUGCGGGGAAUAGCGCUCAAAGGAAGACAUGAAACUGCAACAGGAAAAUACCAACCAAACAGGAAAAGCUACCGAAAAAGGAGCGCAAGAUAAGAACGAAACCUAUUUUGUGCUUUCCAAACUUGAGAAUGAUUUGUAUGAAUGCAUAUUUGACGUUUGGUUUAUUUGCUCCUUAUGACUCUAUUUUAGGUUACUAAGGCGAUGUGGAAAAUUAAGGAAAUUAACAUAUUUGAGGUGGCACGCUGUUUUUUUUUUUAAGAAUAUGGGAUGUAAGAUGUAAUCCCCAAAAUAAAAUAUUGUCAUUUUUUUAUUGGAACAAGUAGCUCUAAUGGAGCGUCAACUUGGAUUACAAUUUAUCUGCAGCGAGGCAUUCUUCAGUUUUAAUCCAUGAUGUGAAUGGACUGUGUCUAUAGUAGAGAUGCGCGGUUUGCGGACACAACCGCGGAGUCCGCGGAUUAUCCGCGGGUCGGGCGGUUGAAAUUAAAAAAAAUUUGAUUUUAUCCGCGGGUCGGGUCGGGCGGUUGAAAUUUAAAAAAAUUUGAUUUUAAAUAGAUUCAGGCGGGUGGCAGUUAAACCAAUUCGGAAAUAUAUAUACAUAGUUAAAUGUUGUUACCCACAUACGAAAAACGAGCAGGCACCUGCAGCAUGCCACAACAGAAGAAGAAAAAAAAAAGAGAUGGCAACGCCGGCAGCAAACGUGGUACGCGACAAACUAAAAAAGGGAAUACUAAAGACCAGGGGAAAAAAAGGCCAGAAAAGUUCAGCGUGGACUCGUUUUUAUGAGGUUGUAAAUCAGGAUGAUAGUAAUGCUGGCUACGUGAUUUGCAAGAGCUGCGACGCUGUUUAUGUCUACGACAGUCACAAAACCGGGACAUCUAACAUGGUGCAUCACAUUUGUGCAAAACCCCGAACCUCCACAAACACCCUGAGCAUGAGCAGUUUCGUCCGCCGUGAUCCCAGAAGAGUGCCACAGGAUGUUAAAACAAGGCUUACAGAUGCAUGUGUGAACGCAGCUGCCUGCAGCAGUUUGAGUGGCGCGAGCGCGCUUGGAGGUGCGCUCAGCGCGGCUCCCAGAUGAUUGCACACUGGUGUGCGUCUGGGCCGUGACAGCGUGGCACGCAUUGAAUGUCUCUGCUGCAUUGGAUCAGUCUCCUUUCUUUAACAGGCAAAAGCUUUAUAACCUCACUAAUGCCUUGCAUCGUCUAUAUUAGAUAUAUAACAACGGGCGGGUGGCGGAUGCCGGGCGGGUGCGGUUUUGAUUAAAUGUUAGUUCGGGUGAAUGGCGGAUGGUUGACGACUUUUGUGAUGCGGUUGCGGAUGAAAUAAUUGCCUAUCCGCGCAUCUCUAGUCUAUAGGCUACACCGUAUUAAAACAGGAGUGUUCAAGGUAGCAUUUAUGGCCCCGUGAAAAUGUUUGAACAGUUGGGUCUGGCAGCAACAAGCAGGCGCAGCUGUUUCUGUCAUAGAUGUUUGACAGAUGAUAACAAUGAAGCCAGAAAUUGAGAUUGUUGUCUUCUGCCUUCAUGAGUCAUUGCAUGGUAGCAUUACAAAGAGUGACAAAGUGACACUGUAAAAAGGAACAUUUGAACAAUGCAUACCUGCUUAACUAUGUGUUAUUGUAGGGAGUAACUUCAUCACGCCGGAAUUUAUUUCACUGUAAUAUAUUGCAGAUGCCUUCAUAUUGCUUGAACUCGCAAUGCUGAAACAGAAAUUGUGCUAACUGUGUGUACCUGAGGAUUGUGUGUUUUUUUUUUUUUCCAACAUUGUCCACUGGAUGAAUGACAAUGAAUACCUGAUUUUGUGUAUAUACAGGUAUACUUUAUACAGUCAUAAAUGUACAAGUAUAAUGUAUAGAAACAUUAAAAUCCUGGUAGUUGAUGCAUACAUAUGACAACAAAACGUAUUUUUCAGUGGAAAAAAAAUAUUUCUCUUCUCUUGUAAAAAGCAGCCUCCGCCACAAAAAUGACAUAACAUCAUGCUGUCCCCCUUUCAUUCAGCUAUUAAACACCAUUUAACAAAACACACUGAAUUUACUGUAACCACUGUGACAUUUUUUACUCCGCCUAUUGUUCAUUUAAAAUGUACAAUAAUUGCUGUUAUUACAUAAAAUCAAUAAAUAUCUCCAUUAUAAU